UCCGCGCGCUCACUUUUUCAGCUCUUCUCUGUGUGUGUGUGUGUGUGUGACACCGGAUCCUCGUGCCCCGCGGGCUCGUGCUGGAAGAUAAACCGGAGGUUCACGCGCGUGUGGACGGCGCGAGGCUCAACAGGAGGUUUCUGAACGAGAGUCGCCGGGAGAGGAGCGGAUUCACCGGACACCUCUGAGACAAGCCCCGGCUCUCCCCCUCAUGUCUGCCCGCUGCUGACUCUACAUCUGCUCGGUACCGACCGGAGCCACCGUCUGACCCGGAAUAUCUGCGCUGUGGACGUUUGUCCUCCAUCAUGUAUCCCUCUGCUGUCGGUGUGUGUGCACGCUGCAGCCUGGUCCUGGUCCUGGUUCAAGUCCUGGUCCAGAUCCUGGUGCUGGUCCGUCCUGCAGCAGGAUACAGUCUGGAUCAGGAGCACAGUCUGGAGUUCCGGGGUCCCUCCUCCUCCAUGUUCGGAUACUCAGUCCUGCUGCAUCGCCACAAAACUCACAAAUGGUUGGUGGUUGGAGCUCCUGUAGCAAACUCAUCCUCCAAUCCGUCGGUUCGAUCCCCAGGAGCCCUUUUCCGCUGCGACGUCACUGGAGAGACGCAGCACUGCCAUCACAUGCAUGCCGAUGUGUCAGGCUGUGGGAAGACGUGUGAAGCAGAAAGUGAUCACCAGUGGCUGGGAGUCAGUCUGUCCAGGCAGCCCGGAGACAAUGAAGGACACGUCCUGGCGUGUGCUCACCGCUGGAAGAACGUCUUCUACUCAAAGAAGGACAGUCAGAACAACAAGCUUCCUAACGGAGUGUGUUAUCGCUAUGACAGCGACCUGAAACAUGGUCGACCCAUGAUCCCCUGCUACCGAGACCACCAGAGGAAGUUCGGGGAGGAUUACGGGUCAUGUCAGGCUGGUAUCUCGAAUUUCCUGACAGAGGAUCUGAUCAUCAUGGGGGCUCCAGGGACGUCUUAUUGGACAGGUUCAGUUCUGGUCUUCAACACGUCCAGUCGAGGGAUGUCAGUGUACCUCGAUGAUGAAACUGGAACAGUCAGCUUCGGAAGCUACCUGGGUUACGCUGUUGGAGCUGGUCACUUCCUGAGUCCUGCUACACUGGAGGUGGUGGGUGGAGCUCCGCAAUAUAACCAGAGAGGAAAGGUCUUCAUCCUCACCGUAGACAACAGUUUUCUGCGGAUCGUCUCUGAAGUGUCUGGAAAAGAGCUGGGAUCUUACUUUGGCUCCAGUCUGUGUGCGGUGGAUCUGAACGCUGAUGGUUUGUCAGAUCUGUUGGUCGGCGCUCCCUUGGCAACUGGCGCCGCCAGGGAGGAGGGGCGAGUGCACGUGUACAUAAACCAGGGGCAGGCGAAGCUGUUGGAGGCGGAGUUUCACCUGACUGGCAGCGAUGCCUACGCCGCUCGGUUUGGAGAGACCAUCGCCGACCUUGGCGACCUGGACGACGAUGGUUACCACGAUGUGGCGAUCGGUGCCCCGCAGGAGGACGACCUGAAAGGAGCCGUCUACAUCUAUAACGGAAGGAAGGAGGGAAUCUCACCAACUCCAUCUCAGAGAAUUACUGGAUCCACCUUGGGUCGCGACCUCAGGAUGUUCGGCCAGUCGCUCAGCUCUGGCAUUGACAUCGAUGAUAAUGGCUACCAGGACGUGGCGGUCGGUGCAUUCCUCUCGGACGCGGCUGUGGUUCUCAGGACCCGUCCAGUGAUUAAGGUGAAGGCGUUUCUGACUCUGCCUGAGCAGAUCGACCAGCAGGUGGCGCUGUGCAUAGAACACAAGACUCCUACCAUCUGCUUUAAUGUCACGGUCUGCUUCAGUGUCUGGUCCAGACAUUUCAGAGGAGCCAUAGAUCUUCAGUAUAAUUUGACCUCUGACCUCCUCCAUAAACCAUCCUUCCCUCAUCGCUUCUAUUUCCAUGGUAACGGAUCAUCCAACAGCACUAGGGGUCAUUUGAGAGCCCGACACGGACAUCUUACUUGUACAACACACGUGGCACACCAAAGGAAAGACGUGAGGGACAUUUUUACUCCGGUCCAGUUUGAAGUUUCUUAUGGUCUCAGAGAAACAAGCUCCCACAGAGCCUCCUCCAGAACCUUCCCUCCCUUAAAACCCAUCCUGCAGCAGAGCGCAGGACACCAGAACACCAUCACCAACCAGACUCUGUUUGCUCGUUCCUGUUCUCUGGUGAACUGUUCGACCAACAUGCAGCUGUCUGCCGAACUGGUGCUGCAGCAACAGCAGCAGUACUUUGCUCUCGGCUCUGGACAGACCAUCGUGUUGAAAACCUUGAUGGUGAACUCCGGAGACGACGCCUUCCUGCCACGACUGAUGCUGUAUUUCCCAAACAACAUCCACUUCAUUAAAGUUCUGCAGAACGAGGACAACCUGGUCAGCUGUGAUGUCACAGAGGACGUCAACAGUACGAUGGUGCUGGUCGACUGCAGCGUCACCAGCCUCCUGCUCCCCGCACAAAGCCAGGUAAAUAUCAACUUCCUGUUGGACGUGAACCAGAACAGCACCCCCGGUGAUGUCAACAUCCACGUCAACACCAGCAGUGAUAACUAUGAGAAUGAGGAGUAUCUCCAUGACAACGCCAUCGGUCUCCUCCUUCCUCUUAAGUAUGGAAUCAACAUCAACAUCCACGGUUUUGUGAGUCCGACAUCGUUUGUGUUUGGAGAUGAAGACUUGACUCCAGUCGACUGCUACACUGAAACUUUUAACUACACGUACAAGGUUUUAAACUCCGGACCCAGCAGGUCUCUAGAUACCGUGGUUGAGAUUGCGUUACCGAAGAUUCUCGCACCGUACCCACACAGACUGCAGCAGGUCGAAUGGCGGUCUUCUCACGGCGUGUGUUCCCUCAGUGACAAGACAGUUUCAGUCAUCGAUGACUGUGACGUUCCUCAAGCUUCCUUCAUCAAACAACUCAUCUUCUUCUUCUCCGCCACCUCCAGCCGAGAACUGAUAUUCCGCCUCGUGUUAUAUGAGGGCGUAAUGGUCCUUUAG